UGUCAGAAGAACAGGAAGACUCCUCCAGCGCGAGAGACCUUAGUCGCUUCCCCCUGUCAUUCAGGGGUUAAAAAGUUAACUUAACUUGUAAGCAGUCAUGGAAACUAAUUUAGGAGACACCGUCGGGCCAAGUCAUCCGUAAUACCAACUCACCGGCCGUGUUGUAGUCACCACAGCAACUCGUGGAAGUCGGAAGAGCGGAGCCUUUUUUUUCUUUCCACGGAGACUUCACCUACUGUAGUCAAACGAGCUAGGCUAGCUGAAGCUAACGGUUAGCUCAGUUAGUACCGCAUAUUUUCGGGUCUUAAAAUCCACAUUGUUUAUUGCUUCCAAUUUCGUUACACGUGGAUAUUGGCAGAAUAAGUCCUCGUUUGUAUAUUAUAAACGCAACAGGUUGUUUCGUACUUUUCGACUCGAGGACUCGGGGCUGUGCUUUGAAUUUCCCUCCUUCUGUGAUACAGACAGGCGGCUUAGCGAGGGGCUCGUUCGGUGUAACAGUUGGCUUUCUACCAAAUCAUUAGCAACGUUGUGCUAAUUGUGGCUAAGUUAGCCAGGGCACUAGGCUAGGCCCAAGGGAAUAAACAGUUGACUUUUUCGAAAAGUUAAGAAGCACCCUCGGAGGAAUCAUUUGCUUUGUUUUUCACGUUUGAUUGCGAGGAGAUUAAAGCCACCCGGGUUUAUUUUGACACCCAGUUCAAGGGAUUACGGUAUAAAUAUGGAUCCACACACGGGGAACUCAGCCUCAGCUUCUGUUCCCAAGAAGGACAAGAAAGCAAAGAAGAGCCUUGAGGAUGGAGAUGGAAAAAAGAAAUUUAAACUCAAACGCCUGAUUCCUGAUGAGUUGGAGCGUUUCACCAGCAUGCGGAUGAAAAAGGACAAGGAAAAGCCCGGACAUGCGCCGGGUCAGCGACACUCUUCAGCUGCCAGCUAUGAGAUCAACGCUCAGAGUGCUAUGCUGCAUGAUCAUACUGAUGAAUACGUCCUGGAACUCUUCGAACAGAUGCUGGUGGAUAUGAACCUGAAUGAGGAGAAGCAGCAGCCUCUAAGGGAAAAAGACAUUAUAAUCAAACGCGAGAUGGUCUCCCAGUACCUCCACACAUCUAAAGCUGGUCAAAACCAGAAGGAGAGCUCCAAAUCAGCUAUGAUGUACAUCCAGGAGUUAAAGUCAGACUAUCGAGACACACAGCUGCUGAGCUGUCUGGAAUCUCUGCGAGUCUCACUCAAUAACAACCCUGUCAGCUGGGUGCAGAACUUUGGAGGUGAGGGACUGGCCCUGCUGCUGAAUCUGCUUCGAAGACUACAGGAGGACAAAGACGAGUACCCAAUAGUGGGAGUGAAAUGUCAACACGAGAUUAUUCGGUGUCUCAAAGCCUUUAUGAACAACAAGUAUGGUCUGAAAUCCAUGCUGGAGUCAGAUGAGGGAAUUCCUCUGCUGGUCAGAGCCAUCAACCCCAGGGUGCCUCAUAUGAUGGUGGAUGCUGUCAAGCUGCUUUCUGCCAUUUCAAUUUUGGAACAUCCGGAGAACCUUCAUGAGCGUGUUUUGGAGGCCAUUACAGAGGAGGCAGAGAGGCGUGACAUUGAGAGGUUCCAGCCUCUCAUUGCUGGCAUGCAAAAUCACAACAUUGCUCUUAAGGGUGGCUGCAUGCAGCUAAUCAACGCCUUGAUCAGCCGGGGAGAAGAGUUGGACUUCAGGAUCCAUAUUCGCUCUGAACUGCUAAGAUUGGGACUCAGAGACCUGCUGACGGAGGUGCGGAUGAUAGAAAACGAAGAGCUGAGGGUGCAACUCACGGUGUUUGAUGAGCAGGCUGAAGAUGACUCUGAGGACCUCAAAGCACGUCUUGAUGACAUCCGCAUAGAGAUGGAUGAUGUGAGGGAAGUGUUUGAGAUUGUUGUCAACACUGUGAAGGAUUCUAAGGCUGAAACCCACUUCCUGUCCCUGAUGCAGCACCUGCUGCUGAUCCGUAAUGACUAUUUGGCCAGGCCUCAGUACUACAAGUUGAUAGACGAGUGCAUCGCUCAGAUCGUGCUUCACAGAAAUGGAGCGGACCCUGACUUCAAAUGCCGUAACCUCAGCCUCAACAUCGAAGGCUUGAUAGACAACAUGGUGGACCAGACCAAGGUUGAAACCAGCGAGGCCAAAGCAACAGAGCUGGAGAAGAAGCUGGAUGCAGAGUUGACAGCACGCCACGAGUUGCAGGUGGAACUGAAGAAACUGGAGGGUGACUAUGAGCAGAAGCUGCAGGACUUGAGCCAAGAGAAGGAACAGCUGUCCACUUCUAAGCAGGAGCGGGAAAAGGAGAACCAGGGACUACAGCAACAACUAAGCACUCUGCAACAGCAGAUUGACAAGUUGUCUAAAGAUCUGGAAGAGGCCAAGACCAAAGUUGUCACAGUUACUGUUCCUGUGCCAACACCCGGUUUGCCCCCUCCACCCCCUGCCCCUCCUCUCCCUGGCCAGAAUGCUGGUGGCCCCCCUCCACCUCCACCUCCGCCCCCACCCCUUCCAGGCCAAGCAGGCAUCCCUGCUCCUCCACCACCUCCUCCUUUACCGGGUCAUGCGGUAUUUCCUCUCCCUCCUCCCCCACCUCCUUUACCAGGCAUGCCAGGACCUCCGCCACCCCCGCCCCUUCCUGGCAUGCCAGGACCUCCGCCACCACCCCCGCCCCUUCCUGGCAUGCCAGGACCGCCACCCCCCCCUCCACCCUUACCUGGGAUGGGUCCACCACCACCACCACCACCUCCUGGGUUUCCUGGUGCUCCUCCCCCACCGCCAGGCCCAGGCAUGCCUCCACCUCCACCAUUUGGAAUGGGAGGCUGGGGAGCCCCUGCACCACCUGCACUGCCUUUUGGGCUCCAGCCUAAGAAAGAGUACAAGCCUGAGGUCCAGCUGAAGAGAGCCAACUGGAGCAAGAUCGGACCCGAGGACCUCUCUGAGAAGAGUUUCUGGACCAAGGCAAAAGAGGAGAAAUUUGAAAACAAUGAGCUCUUUGCCAAACUCACCUUAACCUUCUCCUCACAGACCAAAACAACUAAAGCCAAAAAGGAUCAGGACGGCGGCGAUGAAAAGAAGCAGCCGCAGAAGAAGAAGGUGAAGGAGCUGAAGGUUCUUGACUCCAAGACUUCACAGAACCUUUCCAUUUUCCUGGGAUCGUUCCGUCUCCCUUAUGAAGACAUCAAGAACGCCAUCCUGGAGGUUAAUGAGAAGGUCAUCACAGAGUCCAUGGUCCAGAACAUGAUCAAACUGCUGCCACCAGCAGAUCAGCUGAACGUCCUCGGAGAGAUGAAGGAUGAAUAUGACGACUUGGCUGAGUCCGAGCAGUUUGGAGUUGUGAUGUCCUGCGUGAAGCGGCUGAUGCCUCGGCUUCAGGCCAUCCUGUUCAAGCUGCAGUUUGAGGAGCAGCUGAACAACAUCAAGCCAGAUGUGGUGUCUGUGACUGCAGCCUGCGAGGAGCUCAGUAAAAGCCAGAACUUUACCAAGCUGCUAGAGAUCAUCCUCGUCGUGGGGAACUAUAUGAAUGCCGGCUCCCGCAAUGGAAAGGCAUUUGGUUUCUCCAUAUCAUAUCUGUGCAAGCUGCGUGACACGAAGUCAGCUGAUCUGAAGCAGACCCUGCUCCACUUCCUCGCUGAUGUGUGUCAGGAGCAGUAUCCUGAUGUCAUGGGCUUUGUAGAUGAGCUCAUCCACGUGGAAAAGGCCAGCAGAGUUUCCGCUGAGACAAUUCAGAAGAACCUUGAGCUGAUGGGUCGUCAGAUCAAAAACCUGGAAAAAGAUCUGGAAACUUUUCCUCCUCCACAAAAUGACAAAGACCUGUUUGCUGAGAAGAUGUUGAGUUUCAUUGGUACUGCCCGUGAACAGCAUGAGAAACUGGAUCUGCUGCAUAAGAAUAUGGAGAAACAAUAUAACGACCUGGGGGAGUACUUCGUCUUUGACCCGAAAAAAAUAUCCAUAGAGGAAUUCUUUGGGGAUCUCAACACCUUUAAAAACAUGUUCCAGCAAGCAGUGAAGGAGAAUCAGAAGAGGAGGGAGGCUGAAGAGAAGAUCAAGAGGGCCAAGCUGGCCAGGGAAAAGGCAGAGAAGGAGAAGGAGGAGAAACUCAAGAAGAGCCAGCUCCUUGACAUCAACGCAGAGGGUGAUGAAACUGGUAUCAUGGACGGCCUGUUGGAGGCACUGCAGUCUGGUGCUGCUUUCAGGAGGAAGAGAGGACCACGGCAAGCAGCCAAUCACCGACGAGCUGGUCAUGCAGUGACCAACAUCCUGGCCAAAGAGCUGAUGCAGGAGGACACGCCUUCAUCCAGCAAACUGCCCACUAAGAAGAAGAAGGCAGAGGAGACAGACGAGCCUAAACUAGAGGGAGCUGAGUCGUUAGAGGAGUUACUGGACGCUGCUCCCACUCGGUCCAAUUAGGCAUCCAGGGCAGUAAGUUUUUUACUCUCAGAGUCAGUAAUAUCCAAACGCAGAUGCAUUUCAUAGCCAUUCCAGGGGCCAAUAUCAAUCUGAGAUUAGCUCACAGAAAAAAAGUCUGUGUUUCUCCAACCCUUGUCCUACCAUCUUUUAGGGAAGCAUUGACUGUGUCUUCUGAGAGGACGGGGAGUGCAGAGGAUGAUUGCGGGGCUCUCACCUCAGCUGCAACCCCUCGAUGUCCCUCAUCAACCUUUGGAUCUUUGCCGCUGUCAUAAAUGUUUGCUUUCUCCAGCACGUGCACAUAUCACUUCAUGUAUUUUUUCUGUUUCACUUGAUUCGCCUGUCAUUCAUCAAACGGCAUCUUGAGCGAUUCCAAAGACUUACUCAGGAGGGAUCCACCCCUUUUUUUGCGGUUAUUUCCAAAUCCCAAAUUUAGACUGGGACUGUCUGGAAUUUGGCACAUCCUACAGGUGCUUUACAGCGCUUUCUCUGGAUGUUCCAGGCCAAGACCACAUUGCGCAUUUUCACUUUUUUUUUUUUAAACCCAUGAAACAUAUUGCUUUGUAUUUUUCUGAUAUACUGUAUGUUACUGUUUGUACAU